AUGGAGAAGACUAACGCUUUGAAUGGUGAAGAAGAAGAAGAAGAUGAGUGUGAAGUAGUUAAAGCUGCUAAAGUAUACCGUGACCUACUCAAAGCAGUGGUGAAACAUAUUGGUAAAGAAGACCACAAGGCUCAUUUCGUAGACUUUGUUAAGCAAGAGUUUAGGAAAAAUGCUGCAAACUCGGAGAAGAUGAACCUUGCCCGCAACUACGCUUUUCUUCUCAAUAGCAUUCAUUCUCACAAGGAUUUGCUGUUCUCAUACAACAUUGCGGUUGAUAGAACUGAAGAGAUGAAACGAGUACUUAAUAAAUCUGCAGCGAGUGUAGGUCUUCGUCUUCCCGAGGUUUACGAGUCAUGAUCAUAUUCACUGCUUUACGCGUUCGUUCCUCUCUUUGUCUUUCCGGGAGAUGAGCCGUUUCUGGUUACUUCACUUCUUCGGACAGAUCUUGGGUAAAUUUUUGAAUAAUUGUGGUACUAGAUGUAGCCAGCCAGAGAGCCUUUCUUCUUUAACCCUCUUGAGUAUUGAAACCCGAUAUGUGUGGGUUACAAUUUUUGUUUGGGUCACAUUUGUUUUGGCAUACAAAUAUGUGUACCAAGAACAUAUUUAUGUUCUUGAUAUGUUGGGAUGAACUCACCAAAGUGAGAGAGCUCAGUAGCAAUUGCAAA